AUGAACAACACUAAAAGGAGCAGUAAUGAGAGCGGUGGUGCUACACGGAAGAACAGCGAGACGCGGAGCGGUUCUUCUGCGAGCAACACGAGUGGUAAUGGUUCUGGUGAAACCAGUGGUGCUAUAGGUCACCCUAGCGACACGUAUAUUUCGCCUGAGCUGAGUAAACUAAUACCUGGGCUGAGGUUAUAUGAGCAAUUGGUAGAAGAAGAGAAAAAGAUAGAUACUGUUAUUAAGCGGAGGAAGCUUACUAUGAAUCAGACCAUACAACGCAUAAGAAGCAACCUGAUACCAUUUCGAGAGGCAUAUAACCUGAAUGGGGUCAAGCAGACCACAUAUCUGCGGGUAUUCAUAAGCAGUGUGUCUGAGAACCAGCUGUGGCAGAAUCCCGAUGCAAAGCUGGAAGACGGUGGGUGGACCAUGCGGAUUGAAGGUAGACUUGUGGAUUCAAAACAAGGAGGAAGUGCUACACGAGACAAGUUUAGUAGUUUUAUAGAUGGAAUCAGAGUUGAGUUUAAGAAACCAAAGAAAGACGAGCAAAACAGUGCAAAUAAGGACGAUGACAACAACAACAGCACAGCCGGAAACAAUAACGAUAACGAUAUUGAAUCGAACGAAAGCAGUGCUGAAGGAUUCACUCGUGAACCAUCAGAAUCCGCACCGCAAUUCUUUGCUGACCAAACUCCAAAUCCUCUUGGCACAGACAUAUCAAACCCACCUACUGUAACAGACAUGGGAUCCGCAAGUGAAAUAACAACGCCCUAUGAAAGUAACAAGCUGGAAAAGGAAGAUCAAAUACAGGAAAUUGUUGAGUGGAAAGCUGACCCAAAGAAACCAGUAGAGUUUGACGGGUUUGAUAUCAAGAGGAAUGGUAAUACGAAUCUUGAUGCAGUUGUGACGAUAUACCCAAAGGCAGUCGAAUCAAACAGAUACAGCUAUUCACCUGCAUUAGCCUCUUUGGUUGGACUGAGCCACGGUUCAAAGAGCGAUGCCAUUUUUUCCUUGUAUAAGUAUAUCAACGCAAACAAUUUGCUGGUCUCUAGAGAAUAUUCGAGGAACACAUCUCUAGCGGCAACAAUAGUCUCCAGCAGAAGAGCUCAAAACGUAAAGAACGUAGUUAAGCUCGAUGAGCCGUUAAUGAAAUUGCUCUCUCGUCAUAAUAGCUAUAGCUCACUGGAGAGUACACCCGCAACAGUGAAACUCACAGACAUUCCAUCUAUAGUAGAGCGUAAUUUAGAACAGACGAAACCGGUACGCCUGAAUUACACAGUGAGAGUGGACAAGGCAUCCACUUAUGGUGAAGUUGUAUUUGACAUGGAGGUUCCAACAAAGGAGGCCUUGCUACAAUCAAUAUCCAUGAAGGGCCAAAAAAGACCACUAAUAACAGACAACUUGGCUGAAGAAUCACAGGCGAUACUCAGAGACUACGAAGCACACAUCACCAAGACUGCAGUGAAGAAUGCUGAACUUGACAAAAAGCUUGCAAUACUACAUGCGCAACUAAACUCUACCAAAAUGAAACACCAAUUUUACAAGAAAUUCGCAGAAGAUCCUGCAAAUGCGCUAAAAGAAUACAUCGAGUCCACAUCGGGUGCUUUGAAAGUACUUUCCGGUGAUGAAGGAUUCUUGGAAGACACCGUGAGAAGAUCACAAUUUUACAAAGAAAACGAACAGAUACUAGAGGAAAACAUCUCUGUGCUGUUCAAACAUGAACGUAUAUGA